GCCACACAAUCUCUCAUAGAUACAAUUUCCAUUCCUCUCCAUUCUACCCCCCCAAGACCAUUGCUGCGGAAACCCUCUUUUGGUCCUUCUGACAACACGGCGCCCCUUCCUUAACUUUUCCCCCCACCUCGAGAGGUCCCAUAGUUGCCCCCUUCCUCGGCCAGUCGACGAACACACUCUAUAUGCCCUCCGCUCUACACCCGAAUAUUACCAUCGCCGCUUGCGAGGAAGAGCACAUCGCUUCCGCCAAGCGGCUGAAUGCGCUUCUCCUUCCCGUGCGCUACGCGGAUAAAUUCUACAGCGAGAUCCUCACAGACGAUGUGGUCGCCAGUCUGACGCUUGUCGCGCUCUGGAACGAUACCCCGCGUAG